GAUCAUAACAUUGUAUCAGUGCAAAGUGAAAGCUUGGACGUGCGAGUCUGUUUAUUCGGUUAUGCCUUUUUUUCCCAUUUUUGUGGGAAAAGAGGAUUUGAUCUAUUUUUUACAAACGUAAAUUUAUCGCUAGCUACAGGAAAUGACUUCGCAGCGAUUUUAGGAACAAGACAGAGACCAGCUAGCUAAAUAUUUGGGAAAUUGUUAUCGACGAAAAGUGUGGAAAUCCAAGCAAAAAAGAUUGGAAGUGCUGUAUAUAGGCAGCUAGUUAUAUUGCAACUAAAUCAAUAAUGGAUUUUGAUGUGGACCAAUUUAUGGAAAGCCUUCUUCUAAGACUUACAGAAGGUCCGUCAUUUAAUGGUGAAGAAUAUAUAUUAGCAAUAGAGAAUGUCAAUAAAAAGAUCAGUGAUGUUAAAGUCCAGAUUGAUGCUGGGGAAUCAGAAUUACAAGAACACCUAAGGCAUCUUGGAUCUUCACAUGCUGCAAACUGCCAGUCAGAUCCACUAGCAUUAAAUUGUUUUCUCAACAAUGUAGUACAAGCAACAGAAAGACAUGUUGGUCUGGAAGAUUAUAUUUUAAGAGAUCUUAUAAAUUUUUGUCACCGUAAUUGCAUUACUAUUCCUUCAUCAUCUGAGGAUAAUGAUGUUUGUCAGUCAAGAAUGUCUUUAAAUUUUUGCGCAGAUGAGAUAGAAGACCAAACUAUUCAUUUGUGGGCUAAAAUUGGAAGCAGAUUAAGGAAUGGAAUCAUCAAUCUGUUGAAAAGACUGCCUCUAACAAAUAUUCAGUUUGGUCUGCCUGAAAAAAAUAAUUUGGAAGUUAGUGAUAAUCGCAGGUUGCAUUUGUUAGAACUAAUGUGCAGUUUUUAUCCUUCUGAAGAAGUUGCUGGUAUUUACUGUCAGGUGCAGUUAGGAAAACUUGAAAUUAGCAGCCAAAAUAUGAAAAAACAGUCAGUUGUAUUUGUGGGAGAUGAUGACUCUUCCAGAACAAAAGCAUUUAAAACAUUGGAAACAGUGAUAGAAGUUGAACUAUCUAUGGUGAAUGAAGACUUGCAAUUAUUCCAAUGUUUAUCUGAUCAGAAGAACAAGUAUAUAUUAUUUCAACGACUUCUUGAUAUAUACACAAAUAAUAUUAUUCAUUACCUUCGUAUAUUUGUCUGCUGUCACAUUAAAGAUUCAGGAUAUAAUUCAAGUUUAUGCAAGGAUAAUUUUAUCAUUGAAAAAUUUACUGCCAAUGAUUUGCGAAGUUUUGCAAAGUUGUUUUACAGUUUAAGCAACUGGUCUGUUACAGUGGAAAGGAUUGCUGCUGAUCUUUCACUUAAUGAAUCAGACAACAAAGCUGAUGAUUUGACAGCAAGGUCUAGUAAAAUUAAAGUGACUAGUCUGAUACAAGAUGAAAGCAAUUUCCUUGGAACCUUUCGCAUACAUGACUGGAAAGAGGAACUGAAACCCUUGGUGUCAAUUUUAAAGCAGGUUGUAUCAUCCUACAUAUACUGUGUUCGUGAGAGUGUAAUUGGGGCAAAUGCGUUGCAAGAAAAGAACAUGGAUAAAACAAUGCUAACCAAUGUUCUAAUAUCAAAUAAAGUUUUAAAGUACCAUAGCUUAUAUCCUAUCAGUGUUUCUUAUAAUUGUGGUACAUUCAUCACCUUAAUAAGUGAAAUGAUCCCUUUAACAAAAUCUGAAAAUAUUGGUGUAUUAGACGAUAUUAGAGAAGAGACAUUGAAAACUUUAGUAGAGACUAUUCAGAAUUGUAUUUCUUAUUACAGUAAGGUUGUGGUUGAAUUUAAAAGUGCACCUUCAAGCAUUGAUGUGGUUUAUCGAAACUUGUCUGAUAUCUCACUUAUGUGGACACAGUUGGAAAUAUGGGAGAAAGUUAGUGGAUGCCAUAUUAGAAGAAAUGAUUUUGUUACAGUAAGAAAGAAUCUUGAAGAUGUUAAGGAGACAUAUGUUCACCUAAUUAUUAGCUACCAUCUUGAUUUAUUAAAAAAGUCUAUUGUGUACGAUGCUCACAGCACUAAUUGGGAAGACGAUAAACCACUAUUCGAGGGAGAGAGGUGUUCGUUUCCUGUUGAAAUGUUUAAUUUUUACACUCGUAGCCUUGUACAUGACUUGCUAUCAACACUUCCUGUUUCUACAUCUCAACGUAUUAUAAAAGAAAUCUAUACAGACAUGCUAAAGUUUUUUGCUUUUCGUUAUGCAUGCAUUAAACCAUCUUAUUCAAGAUUAAAGCAAAUCAAGGCAGACAUCUUGGUGUUACUAUCAACUUUUGAAUCGAUAAUGUUCUACCUAAUUGAAAGUGCACAAGAAUAUUUUGAUGUAAAGAAUCCGUUGUUCUCUUUCUGGCAUACUCUGUGUGGAUCUUUACUUGAAGUGUUGGUUAUUCUAACUGCUCCAUUAAAUGUGAUCACUGCUUAUCUGUCAGAGUCGGUUGGGUCUGAAAACAAUAAAGAAAGUGUGGGAAUAAUUUGGUACAAGGAUAAGUGCAUCUCACCAAAGGAAUUAUAUGCUGAACGAUUAGUUACAUUUGAAAUUUUAAUCAAGCAUCCAGUGGUCAAUUGGAACUUGCUGAUCAAAUUUAUCGCUUCAAAUAAUGCUGAUUUAGCAGUUUUAAUUUGGAAAAACACAGAAUAUUUAAAGCAAGUCAGAUACUAUGAAGAUGAGACUUCAAGUUGGAAAAUGAAUGAAAUGUUCACCGGUACAAAUAUAAGUGUAGCAGAAGAAGCAUUAGUUAAAAAUAGUUACUUGAAACAUCUUUAUUACGUUCUGUUGAGAACUUCAAGUUCAUCAUAUAUUGCUUUAAUGGCAAGUUUGAUUGAGGAUGAUAAUUCGAAAAGUUUUAAAGUUUCGGAAGGUGAUGAGAUUCCUGUGUGGUUGGAACUGAUUGCAAACCAUUUAAAACCUGCUUUCUUAAGGAUUCUUCAUCCAGCCAUCGACCUUCUUCUUCAUGAAGAUGACAUAAAAGCACAACCUUCAUUCACAUUUACGAAACUUCAAACUUUACCAUGUGGCUGCCCUACUGUUGCUGAAACCGAUGGAAAGAGCUUCAAAUCUGUAGCAAGCCUUCUUCAUAGUUGUCUGAUGACAACACUAAAUAGUUUAACGGAUACCAUCACGUCCAUACCAGAUGUUAUUUGGGAGAUGCUAGCAUUUGUAAAAAGCGAGGAAAGAUUUACUGCAUCCUGGCUGAAACAAACACAUCUUGGAACCAAAAUUCUUGCUUGUCUUCUGUACUACAUUCUGUCAACAAAAGAGAUAUACAAUAACUUUAACACCAUCCCAUCUGAAGCUAGCCUUGAAAAUGUCAAAGCUUUUGCAGAAUUGUUAUGGCAUGUGGUGUACCAUCUAACACAUGAUGUAAUGGACAAUCCAAAGAUCUCGAUGUAUGUAUUUAAGGAUUUGCAAAAAACUGCAGAUAGUGUACAAGAAAAACUCUCUACGUUAGAUCACUAUUGCAACAGAAGUGAAUGCAAGCACAGUAUGGAAAAAGAAGAAGAAGAUAUUUAUCAAGCCACUUUACAAUUGGUUGAUUCUGAGGCUGGUAUGACUUCCCUGCAGUAUCUGUAUGAUAUUUUAAAGAUAAAUCAGCAAUCGAUUAGAGAAAUAUUAAGCAGACCUGAUGAGAUUAUUAAUUUUCAAGAAAUUGCAAACAACAACUUAGAAACAACAAACAACGGUUUUAAUCCGCUGGUUGAGUUUCGAAGACUUGGUAACCGCGAGUUUGUUCAUGCUGAUUUGUUAGAAGCCGAAUUAAACUGGGAACAUCUUAUACGGUGUAUAAAAAUCGAGAAAUGGAAAUUAAUGAUCCAAAACAGAUUUGAGUUUCAACCUACUUAUGAAACUAUUCUUCGAGAAGAUGAGAAAAAUGAGGUGGCAAAAAUUCAGGAAAUUUUUUGUUUACACUAAAAUAAAUUAUUUUUUUGUAAUUUUUAACCUAAAUUUCCCAAUAUAAUUGUUUUCAGCUUUUUGAAGAUAUCGAAUGUACUUAAAUUAGCUCUAACUUGUGCAUUGUCCUUUUUUAAAAAAAUGUCUUCCAAGCAACAAUUGUAUUUAAAAAUAUCGGAUGGUGUUUUUAGAUAUAUUCAA